GUUAAACAUUUAGCUCUUGGUGUAUAAUGUUUAGGAUGUGAAGAAUAACUUAUGCAUUUAUUGAAUCAUGUUUGGCCAAAUAUUUUUGAAACAUCACCACAUGUUAUUAAUGCUGUUAUGGAAGCAAUAGAAGGGAUGAGAGUCAGUCUAGGACCAGGAAAUAUUUUACUUUAUGCAUUAUAAGGCCUUUAUCAUCCUGCAAGAAGAGUAAUAUUAUAUAAUUAAUUAUUAGGUGAGAUUAAUAUAUUGGAGAAUUUAUAACAUGAUAUAUGUUGGCAGUUCUGAUGCUUGUGUUGCAUUCUACCCAACCUUUCCUAAUGAUCAGUAUAAUUCUUAUGAAAAAUACGAAUUAAAUCUAACAUUAUGA